UAACUGUGUCUUUCGAUUAACUAAAGACACAGACUUAGUAGGACUAAAGAACUUUAAAGACGUUUCAUUUAAAAAAAACCAAAGCACUAAAAGCACCCCCACUAGAUGGCGACUCUAGCAAAAGUUGAUUUUCGUAGGAAAGAAUGGAUCAAAGACAUUCAUUUCCAUUCCUUUUAACUAACAUAUUAAAAAACUGAAAUUUGAAAAGUUCGAAAUUUAGAUGUCAAUACGAAUACGAAAAAUUACAAAUACAAUAUGAGUUGUUUAUAUAUUUUUAAAAACUAAAUUACUUUUAAACAUAAAAGAAAACAGGAAGGGUUGUCAUGGAGAAAUAAAGAACGUACCCCAGCGACAUCUAGUUUGAUUUCGGCAACUAAUGUUUUUUUUAUACUUCCUCAUUGGAUGUCACUAUGGUACUUUCUUAAUAACUCCAUGGCAACCUUUCCGGUUUUCUUUCAUGAAUAAAAGUAAAUUAAUAUUCAAAACAUAAGAAACAACUCAUAUUCUAUUCGCACUGUUUUGUAUUUGUAUUGAUAUCUAAGUCUCGAACUUUACAAAUUUCAGUUUUUUUAUAUGUUAGUUAAAAGGAAUGAAAUAGACGCGCUCAGAGGUUUUUUUUUCCAUUACUCCAAAUUGUCAAAUUUUAUUAUUGUUUCUUUACGUGUAAAGACCACAAACGUGACAUUGGCGGUAUUGUGUAAACGCAAAUAGGCCAUGAAUCAAAAAAGAAGAAGGAGAAGACUAUUUAUUUUUAUAAAAUUAAAUCACAAUGUUGUCCAAAGAAGAUGUAAUAAAAAACUACGUGAAAAUGUCUUUAAAUGUGAUACGAACCUAUGACUGGCUUCUCGAUUUAUAUGUCUUGGAUUUUUUUCAAGACGAUCACUGGAGUAAACUCCCUUUAGCCUGGCGUCAAUCUUUUGAUAACAUUGAUCCUACAACUUUGGGAAAUGUUUUAUGUGGUCAACCAGUAAAUAUUAUUUUACCGUUAUCAUUUUUGGCAUUGAAGAAAGCUGUUGAUUUGUUAAGUAUUCCCAGAAAACAAAGUAUUUCAAAAAAACAUAUUACAUAUGUACCUGAUUAUUCCAUUGGAAAUCAUCCUAGGUUAAAAAACUUAUUUCUCAAACAUGUGAAGUUAAAAAAGAGACAUGAAAUUAGUUUGAUGGCAGAAAUAGUCAAAGAUGUGGCUGAUCAAACCAAAUGUAAAGCUGUAUUAGACUUUGGAUCUGGAGUGGGGCAUCUGGUGAGGAUGUUGGCCUAUAGAUAUGAACUGCAUGCAGCAGGGUUAGAGUGCCAGUCUCAGCUGACUGAAGAGGCUAGAAAACUUGAUUUAGAGCUUGAAUAUACAAUAAGAAAACACAUUACAGAUGAACAUAUGAAGAAAUUACAUAAACCAGAACAUCUUAAUGUCAAAUUAACCUGUCACCAACAACUCACUCAUAUUGAAUUACCUGAAACAUUAGGUACUUAUGGUUUGGUCGGUCUUCACCCUUGUGGUGACCUGGGACCAUUGUUGCUCAAACAUUUUGUUAGUGAUGACAAAGUUAAGUUUAUCUGUAUGGUUGGAUGUUGCUUUAUGAAGUUGACUGACCAUGGGUAUCCUUUGAGCAAGUAUACAAAAAAAUUGAAUAGUGAACUGUCUUACCCAAGUAGAGAAAUUGCAUGCCAUGCAAUUGAGGUGUAUUGUGAUCGAUUGAAAAAAGGAAAUUAUGAGGAUUUGAAGAUCCAUGCUUAUAGAGCUGCUUUAGAAAGGAUUCUAGUAGAUAUUGAUCCUAAACUGAAACAUGCUCCUGUAAGAAGCAUCAAACAUUCUGAUACAAUGAAUUUUGAAAGAUAUUGUCAUUUAGCAAUGGAGCGCCUCAACGUUCCGUUACCAACUAAGACUGAAGUUUGGUUGCGCGGACAGACAGACGUGCAAAUGUGGCGACGUGUUGUGACCGUAUACUCGCUCAGACUGGUCCUAGCGCCCCUUGUAGAAACUGUGGUCCUAUUAGAUAGAUUACUCUUCAUUUUAGAACAUGGUAUAUCGUGCGAGAUUCGGCCGGUGUUUGACCCCAAAAUAUCUCCAAGAAAUCAUGUUAUGAUAGCCAGAAAACAAUGAUAUUAUAACAAAUAAAUAAUUGGAUUACAUUUCUGAUUUACUUAUUUCUAUCACAUUUCUGAAUAUACAUAUUUGGCAUUACUUAAAAUUAAACUAUUGGCUAUUGUAGUGAGCUCAAUCCUGACACCUAUUUAUUACAUGUAUAAAGUAUAAAUAUAUUUUCAGCAUAUAUUCUUACGAUUUAAUAAAGGACUUUAAAUACUAUUUAAAUAUGCAAUACACAGCUCACUGAUUUAUUCACAUUCAAUAACUAUAUUUUUUUAUAAAUUAAAUAAUAAUAUUUCUCACUUUUUGUUUAUAUUGGAGAAAUUGUCAUCAAUGCACAUGUUAUUUCCUAAUAUUACUAUUUAAAUUAUGCGCUUCGGCUAUAUUCGUCAAGCUUCGGCAAUCCUAAUGUAGUUUAAAGAUAUCUAUAUAGAGUUGUUAUUACAUAAUUAAUCAUUUCGCUUAAAUUUAGAUUAGGUCAGUCAAUUUAAAAGUAGGUAUACUGUGUUUCUUGCCAUCAGGUGAUACCAAAAUGAA